GUGAACACUAACAGGUCUGAUCGUGUGCUGUCAUCAGCUGUAGCGUUUCACUUCACGCCUGUGUUCUUUUUUCUUCUUCUUCGUUCACUUCAUUGUUUGGUUUCAAAGCUCUCUGUUCCCUCUUCACCAGCGUCAGAAGCUUUGCUCCAUAAAUCGAAUAUCAGAACCCAUGGAGGACCGUAAAGAGAAAAACGCGGCAUGGCUAUCUGUGCCACAGUUCGGGGAUUGGGAUCAGAAGGGAGACUUGCCGGAUUAUUCUAUGGAUUUCACCAAGAUAAGAGAGAUGAGAAAACAGAACAAGCGUGACAUCUCUAGAGCCAGUCUCGGUAACGAAGAGGAGCUCACCAACGGUCACAACAACAAAAACAGCAGCAACAACAACAACAACAUUAACAACAACCAGGUCCAUCACCACAACCAUGUGAAUGAUGAUCAGCAUCCCCACAACCACUCUCCAACUACGAGGAGGAGUUUUCUCAGCUACUUCAACUGUUGUGUAAAGGCGUAAACGGGGUCCGAGGUGGCAUUUCCACCUCUUCCAAACUGUGUAAUGAGAUAUGGGGGACUAGUAUUCUUCUUUCUUUCUUCUUGUUCUUUUUCGUUAAUUGUAAUUUUCCUGUUUUUUCAGCGAGUAAUAUAAUGUGUUCGCAUUAAAUGAUUUUUGUAAUUAAUAUUUCAAAUGGUAUGCAUGUAUCUUUGUCUGAUAUUCCGUGGACAUUGAUCAACACCCUGAAUUGGUAUGGUAAAUAAGGAGGGCAGUUUGAA